UUGUUGUUUUUGGUUGCAGUGUAAGGUGUCAAAUGAACUAGGAGCAGGACACCCCAGAACAGCAAAAUUUUCAGUCCUAGUGGUAUCAAUUACUUCACUUUUAAUUGGGACGAUACUUACGAUAGCACUUUUUGUUGCUCGAAGUCGAUAUCCACCUUUGUUUACGAAAAGUUUUGAAGUUCAGCAAGCCGUGUAUGAACUUACUCCUUUAUUAGGAACUACAAUUAUGCUUAACGGUCUUCAACCUACUCUUUCAGGUGUGGCUAUUGGAGCAGGUUGGCAAACAUAUGUAGCUUACAUUAACAUAGUAAGCUACUAUGCAUUUGGUAUUCCUUUGGGCCUUAUUUUUAGCUUUUGCCUCAACAUGGGUGUUAAGGGCAUGUGGACAGGAAUGUUGUUAGGAACCACACUUCAAACUAGUAUUCUUAUUCUCAUGAUUUCCAAAACUAAUUGGAAAAAAGAGGCUUCCGUUGCCGAAGUAAGGGUAAAAGAAUGGAGAGGUAGCAAAUGAUUAAGGGCUUGUUUGGACCUGAUUUCAAUUAGGUUGAAUUGAAGUUGAAAUUUGUUUGAACAAAAGAUUUGAAAUUUUUUAAGUUGUAAUUUUUUUUUGAUAAAUA